AAAAAUCAUCAGAGGAUCCAUACUGGAGAAAAGCCACAUCAGUGUUCUCAGUGUGGAAAUGCUUUUACACGAAAGACUCAUCUCAAGCUACAUCAGAGGAUCCAUACUGGAGAAAAGCCACAUCGGUGUUUGCUGUGUGGAAAGGCUUUUACAGAUACAACAACUCUUAAGAGACAUCAGAUGAUCCAUACUGGAGAAAAGCCACAUCAGUGUUCUCAGUGUGGAAAUGCUUUUACACGAAAGGCUCAUCUCAAGCAACAUCAGAAGAUCCAUACUGGAGAAAAGCCACAUCAGUGUAUGCAGUGUGGAAAAGCCUUUACAGAAAAGUGUCAUCUCAAGCUACAUCAGAUGAUCCAUUCUGGAGAAAAGCCACAUCAGUGUUUGCUGUGUGGAAGGGCUUUUAGAGAUCCAAAAGCUCUUAAGAGACAUCAGAUGAUCCAUUCUGGAGAAAGGCCACAUCAGUGUUCUCAGUGUGGGAAGGCCUUUACACAAAAGGGUGCCCUCAAUAUGCAUCAGAUAAUCCAUAUUGGAGAAAAGCCACAUCAGUGUUUACUGUGUGGAAAGGCCUUUACACGAAAGGGUGACCUCAAGACCCAUCAGAGGACCCAUACUGGAGAAAAGCCAUAUCCAUGUUCUCAGUGUGGAAUGACCUUUGCACGAAAGGGUGACCUCAAGACACAUCAGAGGACCCAUACUGGAGAAAAGCCAUAUCCAUGUUCUCAGUGUGGAAUGACCUUUAGUCGCAACACUAGCCUCAAGACACAUCAGAUGAUCCAUUCUGGAGAAAAGUCACAUUAG